GCUGUGAUGACCGAGACACGGGCGCAAGGCCUCAGUACAUACACAACUAGCGUGGUGCACGGACAUACACGCUCGCUCUGUGCAAUCCUCUUGAGUGCAAUUGGAACCCGUUGACGGAUUUACUAUACUCGAGUGUUUCUAGUUGUGUGUGUGGGAUAUCUAGUCAACAACAGGGAUUUUAUAUAUAUUUUAGUGGAAGGAAUAUCAUGUACAACAUCUUUCGGUAAAUUAAGAGUCAAUUGGUUUACCAGCAUCUCGGCUUGUUGAUUAUACAUCAUUGUCGACCCCUUGGAACAUUCACGGUGGAGAGGUUGCUAUGACAUGGUGGUGAGUGGUCAACAUGCUAAGUGAAGGUCGUCGGGAGGGGCUUCGCUUGGCGCUGAACCGGUCGCUGAGUGAGCCGGGGGACGCGAGUGCUGCCGCCACCGCUAGAUGCCCAGUGUCCCUUCCGCAGCUGAUGGCGCCGCAGGUAGUCAGCAUGCCAGCCUCGCCCUGUGGAGACAGUUCUACCAUCCAGCGCUCCAUACUCCUCAGGCGUGCGCGAGCUCUCGAACCCUCUGAGGUAGCGCGCAAACUGACCAAAACUAAACCCAGGAACUUCCUCCUCCUCGACUUGAGAACGUUCAUCAACUAUAACAUGCGGCAUGUUCGCAGCGCUAUUAACCUCAACUGUUCCGACCGGUUCAACCGCAAACGACUCCAGCUGCGGCGAGCCUCGGUGGUCGACCUAGCGGCGUCUCCAUCUGGUCGCGACCUGCUGAAGAAACGGUGCUACAAGGAGAUCAUCGUGUACGACGACUCCAGUACUGAUUUGGAGGCUCUACCUCCACACCACCCAGUCUACCUCGUCCUCACCGCCCUUCUCGAGGACAACAGAGAACCUCUCCUCCUCAAAGGAGGCUUCCAGGCGUUCGAGCGCUUGUAUCCGGAGCUGUGUGAGGACGCCUUGAUGCGCACCAGGGAGGAGGUGGAGUCCUCUCUCUGCUGCGACCAGUACACCUCAACCGGAGUUCUCAUGGCCACCGGCAUCCCUUCGCCAGGCAACGAGGCCACCAUAGAACAAGCGCAAGCCUCCGAAGUCCUGCCUUUCCUCUAUAUUGGCAACGCCCGCGACGCCCAGGACCUGAGGGUGCUGCAGGCGUUGGGUAUCAGCCGAGUACUGAACGUGACGUCCCACGUACCCGGGUACCAUGAAGACUCUGGCAUCUGUUACAAGACCCUCCCAGCCAUGGACUCCGGCCAUCAGAACCUGAGCCAGUACUUCCACGAGGCUAUACACUUCAUCGAUGAGGCUCGACAAGCCGGCGCUAGAGUGUUGGUCCAUUGUCAGGCGGGGGUGUCACGCUCACCCACUAUAGUGAUCGCCUACCUGAUGAAGCACACCCGCAUGACAAUGGUAGACUCGUACAAGUACGUUAAGUCUCGACGUCUGAUUAUCUCCCCAAACCUCAACUUCAUGGGACAGCUGGUAGAGUGGGAAGCUGCUCUUCAGGCCGAUAAAACUGAGGCAGACUGCAAACCUUGUCACCAAUGUCAAUGGCAACGGCAAGAGGUUAAAAAGGUUCCUAGUGCUUGCCAAGUAUGACAGCCGCCAAAAGGAGUUGGACUCUACAAUACUGCCCCGGUUGAGGGCUUGGGUAGCUUCAGUAUGGACAUGACAGAGGCCAGUGCAGCAUCAAGCAGGAAAGAGUGUGGGUGUUUGAGGCAAGAACAAGAUCCAUGUCAUGCCACUCCACAGGAAGAUGCUACUAAUCUUGCAUCUCUUGGUCAGUCUCUCCACACCAGUUUCCACUCGCAUAAGCUGACCAGACUCUUCCUCAAUGACUUGGAAAUUAAGCUUAGUGAAGAGGUACAAAGAAGAGAAGCUACAGAAAAAGACAUUACCUGUAUCAGAAACGUGCAUAGCGCAAAUAUAUUGUAUAAUAGUACUGAGGAUGUCACUUUGAAGUCUUCAAAAAGAUGUCACUGCAGAGAGGAAGAUCUGCAGGGAGUAGGAGACAGAGAGAAAGUGAGCACUGCAAAAAGAAUGCGCACAGAAGAAGUGGUUCUUAGUCUGUAAAUGUUAUUUAAAUAUGUAUAAUCAAAAUCAGGGUCGUGUGUAUCGAGUCUGCAUGCAUUAGUGAUGAGUGUGGUGUGUUUACAGGUUGGUCACGUGGAAUGGGACAAAUGUUGCAUAUUACACAUUUUCUUUGCAACAUUUAAUCAGUUUACUAUUAAAGGGGUUUAUAACCUUUAAAUCCCAUGGACUUCCAAAAUAAAAUUUAUUUUUAAUUGAUUACACAUAAAAUAAAACAUUAAAGCUAGUACACUGAAGGUUGUGAGAACUAAAGUCGGAACUAUUUGUUUUAAUAUUGUUUCUUGCGUUAAUGACCACAAGAGUGUGUUGUUCAGAGAUGUGGCAUCUUCAUAUUCAGAUUUAAUUCCUACAUAUAACAGAAUGCAGAACUUUUAUGUUCAAACAAAAUUUUAGAGAAGACCUGAAGAUUGAGAAGGCCCAUCCCUUCUCUCAGUUGACCGUCUGCUUUUGAUGAGCAGUUUGGGGCAGUUCAGAUAGUGCAGUAUUAGUACAGUUAAUGUGUACCUUUGCCUUAACUAGGGUUUAAUCAACACUAGUAAUUAAAAAUUUUUAGAUGCUAGUUUUCUUGUAUCGUGUGUAUGCAAGGAGAAAAUACUACAUUGCCUUAUCAGGAGCCUUUCAUCGUUUCUGACAAGUUAUGUGAUGCGUCUCCUUCAGUGUAAACAUUGUGAUGUGACGAGGGAACCGUUGCUCGAGUCAGGGUCUUAGGAAGCAUAGUUUUCCCAGGUCACUGCACAACACCCACACUUAUCACCCACAACUUGAAGUCUUUAGAUUUACAGCUAGUGACUGGCACUUUGGGGAGCCAACUUAAUAAACUACAAACUAGAGUAUGUUUUAAUUGACUUGUAGUUGUCCAUUAGUGGUGGAUAAUAACUCUAGUUGUCAUAGCCUUUAGGUAUUAUAUAAAGUUUAGAGACCAUUCCAGCAGCUCAUAAUGUUCAUGUAGCAACCACAGUUAAAAAAAAAUUGCUAAUCACAAUAUAAUUGGUGCACAAUGUCAGAGGUGGUCAGGGGAUAGUUUAUCAUGUCGGUAAAUUACUCAUUUCUGCCCAAUCCUCUGCAUCACUCCAACUCUUAUCCUGUGAAUUUAAAGUCAUUGCAAAUGUUGCCAGUGUUUUAGGUGUAACUGCAGUAAGGACCAAAUGUUUAAAAUGAAAUGCCAGAAUUGUGUGAUUACCAGUAGUGGCCUGGUGUAGCGAGGGUCUUGUACUUAUGAUGCCUUUACUCAUUCAGGGGAUUUGUAAGGGAUCUGAUGUCUGUAAUGUUAUGUUUGGACUUUACAUACAGCAUUUCUGUAAUCUAGAGUAAAAGUGGAAUUCAGUUGCAUUAGAACGGAAGUAUAGUAGUGUCAAGUAAUUUUCGGCCUCUUGCACUCAGGAAGUAGAGGUGGUGAUGCCAUGUGGCAAUUUGCUGCCUCUUAAAUUUGGCUCAGUUUUUCUCCAUCAAAUAGUCGUUAUGCAUAUAUAUAGAUAUAUGUAUAUCUGUACAUAUAUAUAUUCAUGAUUUAUGCCAAUAAACUUCAAAUCCUAUUUAUGACACAAACUUAGAUUUGUUGUAGUACAAAGACAAAAAUUAUGAUUUCAUCCUAGUUUUUAGUUCAUAGCAAAUAAAAGUUCGUUCUUGUGCCACUAGAAUUGUCUUGCUAUCCAAAGUAUUGGGUACACAAUUGCCAAGACGAUAAGCCCUUAUCAAAGGCUUGCUUCUUUUGGUUAAUGUUUCAUUAGAAACUCACAUUACAUAUAAAAUAUAAAAAAUAUAAAAAAGCUUGGAACAUAUACCAAGAAAAUCAAGUGUUUGAAUAAAAGAAUGCGAGCGAGUAGUAUUUGCCAUUACAGGCAUGAGAGUUCAUGCUGAGCAUCAGAGUUGUCUUCAGUAUCUCAGCUUAGGUUUUACAGUCUGAAAACGAAAAAAAUCUAGUCUUGUAUAUUAGGAUUAUUUCAUGUUUUUAACUAUACAUUUUUUUUAUCCAGCAGAUUGUAUUUAUUGUACAUGAUUUAGUGCAAAUCAUGACUUCGUAUUUAUUAUCUAGACAUUAUUGGAUAGGGUUUAUAUAUCUGCUCUAUCAUUUUAAGAUUUAAAAUAAAUGUUCAGAUACA